UUUAUUCUCGCGAUCGUCCGAGAAAUGUACUGCGCGCGUAGUAUCGCGAUUCUGUUCCGGUGAUGUGAUUGCGGUGUUUUUUUUCUCUUAACGUUUUACAGUUUAAAAUCAAAAAAAAAAAAAAAACAACUGCCCGACCCGCCGAAAAUCGGAUUUUCGCAUUUCGAGUGUCCGGAUACAUCCUAAUACAAGUGAAUUCCAGAGACGCCCAAAAUGUUGUGGCAGUUUUUGCCCGUGUGCUUUCUGGCAGCCCUAGUUAAGGGUGACGGAUCGCUGCUGGACAUUGGCGUGGACCCCGGCAAAGAUGAAUCCGGCGUGAUAAUCAUGAACUCCGCCAUGGCCGACCGGUUCGUGCGCCAGAGCGAUUACGGGCAAGAAAAUGGCGUCGAGCACAGGGUGCAGCUCAAGGGCAUCCGCGUGAACUGCGGCGCAGCGUCAACGAACGGCGUCAUAGCCGUGGAAAUCGAAUUCCUGGAACCGUUUUACGGCGUGAUCUACAGCAAAGGUCGACACGACGACCCCAAAUGCAUAUUUGUGCAGAGCAAUUCAGGAAAGAACUCAUAUCAGUUCCAGAUACCAAUAGAAGAUUGUCGUCCGCCGGUUGAUGACGGUUGUUCAUCUAGCGAAGACGGUGGUAGUUGUGACUUAAGCUCCAUUGAAAAUACAAUAAUAAUCCAGACAGAUAGUACAAUUCAGGAAGAAUGGGAUUUAGCACGAAAAGUCUCAUGUCCUUCAGAAACAAAACCGGGUACAGGUAAACGAGUACGUUUCAAGCCUAUCGUAGUUGAUAUGUUGGAAGUGGUCUCUGUUCCUUCCGGGAAUGAAGGUACACUACAAUGCUGGAUGGAUAUACAAAGAGGUCAAUACCCAAAUACAUCACCAGUCGACAAGAUAAUAAAAAUUGGUGAAUCACUUUCACUAAUUGUAUACGUAAAAAGUACUGACGAGGCUUACGAUGUAAGAGUAAGAGAAUGUUGGGCAUACGAUAAUGAUAAUUAUGAAUCUUCAACCACUACAAGUAUACAAUUGACUGAUUCAUCAGGAUGUCCAAAGAGAAAAAAAUUAAUAUCAAAAUGGAAAAAAACCCAAACUGUUGACCAAAGUGGUAUAACAACAAUUGGAUUUACAAAUGUCACAGCAUUCAAAUUCCCGGACAAACACCAAGUGUAUCUCACUUGCAAUGUUGAAUUAUGCUUGGGAAAUUGUCCAGAAGACAGAUGUCAAUCAGCAUUACCAAACUACCAAACUGUUCAAGUUCUUCCACAGACAACUCCAUCACCAUUCUGCUAUCCAGGAUCAAAUGACCCAAGAUGUCCACAACAAUCACCACCUCCAACAUCUUACCCAAUUCCAUCGUCACCAGCACCGCCUGUGUGUUAUCUAGGAUCAAAUGACCCAAGAUGUCCUAAACCAUCACCUCCUCCAACAUACUACCCAGCACCAUCAACACCCGCACCUCCAUCCUGUUACCCUGGAUCAAACGACCCGAGAUGUCCAAAACCCACAUUGCCACCAACCACUCCAGCACCGGUCUGCUACCCAGGAUCCAACGAUCCUAGAUGUCCUAAACCAACAUCACCAUCAACUUACUACCCGUCUCCAUCAACACCAGCUCCGCCAGUGUGUUAUCCAGGUUCAAAUGAUCCUAGAUGUCCUAAACCAUCAGCUCCUCCAACAUAUUAUCCAGCAUCGUCAACACCAGCACCACCGCUAUGCUACCCAGGAUCAAAAGAUAUAAGAUGUCCACAGCAAUCACCACCUACAACAUCUUAUCCAACAACAUCGACACCAGCACCACCAGUAUGUUAUCCAGGUUCAAAUGACCCGAGAUGUCCUAAACCAUCACCUCCACCAACAUACUACCCAGCACCAUCAACACCAGCACCACCAGUCUGUUACCCUGGAUCAAACGACCCAAGAUGUCCAAAACCCACAUUGCCACCAACAACUCCAGCACCAGUUUGCUACCCCGGAUCCAACGAUCCAAGAUGUCCUAAGCCUUCUCCUCCUCCAACAUACUACCCUUCACCAUCCACACCAGCACCACCGGUGUGCUAUCCAGGAUCAAAAGAUAUAAGAUGUCCACAGCAAUCACCGCCUACAACAUCUUAUCCAACACCAUCGACACCAGCGCCACCAGUGUGUUAUCCAGGUUCAAAUGAUCCUAGAUGUCCUAAACCCUCACCCCCUCCCACCUACUACCCAGCACCAUCAACACCAGCUCCACCAUCCUGUUACCCUGGAUCAAACGACCCAAGAUGUCCGAAACCGACAUUGCCACCAACCACUCCAGCACCAGUUUGCUACCCAGGAUCCAACGAUCCUAGAUGUCCUAAACCAACAUCUCCACCAACUUAUUACCCACCCUCAUCAACACCAUCACCACCAGCCUGUUAUCCUGGCUCAAACGACCCAAGGUGUCCGAAACCGACAUUGCCACCAACCACUCCAGCACCAGUUUGCUUCCCAGGAUCGAACGAUCCUAGAUGUCCUAAACCAACAUCUCCACCAACUUACUACCCACCCUCAUCAACACCAUCACCACCAGCGUGUUACCCUGGCUCAACUGAUCCAAGAUGUCCACAAAUUAAACCUGUUCAAACACCUUUUGUUUGUGUAUGCAAUACUUCAACUCCUAGACCUAUUCCACCACCGCUGUGUUAUCCCGGUUCCACAGAUCCUCGAUGUCCUGCUCAAGAAUCACUAGUAUGUUAUCCUGGAUCCCCAGAUCCAAGAUGUCCACAAUUUCCUUCGUCAACUCAAUAUCCACCUACGUACUUACCCCCUUUGGAACCAAUAAAAUAUGAACAAGCAAAUAAUAAUUUCAUUCAAGAAGUGACUACCCAGUAUCCAUCAUAUGUAUCUACAGAUGAUAGUUUUGGUGGUCAGCAGCAAUUGGAUCUGUUUAGUAAAGCUUUAAAUGGUUUUAAUAUUCAAAGGAGAGAUGUAGAGUCUGGUAUUCGUCAAUUGAAAUCGGAGUUGAAAAAUGAAAUUGGUAACGAAAACUUGGAUGCAUUAGACAGCUUAGGAGAUGAUGUGUUACGUGAACUACAAAAUCAACCGGAAUCUCAGAAGAAACGUUAAUAUUAAACGUUAAUUUAAAAUAAUUGCUUUGUAAAGACAUUUUAAUUUUUAAAUUGGCCAAUCAAAUGUAUGACUUAUUUAAAUUGCUCAAGUGUUUUUGUAAUUAAGAUUGUUACCAAUCAUCGUUACCAGUUACCUACCACUAUAUAAUAAUGUUUAAUGUGUUUAUUUGAUAUAGUUUGCAUACAUGUUUUUAUGUUUUUUUAUUAAAUGUAUUUUGAUAUUUA